UUUUUUUUCAUGUGGUUUUUUUUUUUUUUUUUUUUUUUUUUUUAGAAAACCCUUAUAUUAAAGCCAUUCGGGGAACAAUACAUGUACCCCACAUUCUAAAUUCUUCUUCUCGCAAACAUCCUUUUGUUUUCAAACGCAAAAUAACCAACUUUUCGAAUGACGACAGUGCCUACAACCAAAAUAUUCAAGGAGAACCUCUUUACAGGAAAAGUACUUUUGUGCUCGGGUGGAGGUAGCGGCAUCUGUCGUGCAAUGACAGAAGCCAUGGUUCAACAUGGAGCUACAGCUGUCAUUUUCUCCAGAAGUAAAGACAAGUUAGAAAAAGCUGCAAAAGAGAUGGCUCUCAAAACUGGCGGUGAAGUCUUUCCAGUUGCUGGAGAUGUUCGUAAUCCAAAGGACGUAGAGAGAGUUGUAGAGAUAGCCGUUGAAAAAUAUGGCAGAUUGGAUUAUUUGAUCAAUGGCGCAGCGGGAAACUUUUUAGCUGCUUUCGAUCACCUCUCUUAUAAUGCAUUCAAAACUGUCAUUGAAAUUGACUUGCUUGGUACCUUUAAUUUGACAAAGGCCGCCGCUCCACAUCUUAAAAAAUCAAAGGGCGCUAUUAUCAAUGUGUCGGCUACAUUGCACUAUACAGGUACACCCUUCCAACAACACGCUGGUGCUGCUAAAGCUGCUAUUGAUGCAUUAACGAAGCAUUGGGCUGUUGAACUCGGUCCUCACGGAGUCCGUGUGAAUGGUAUAGCUCCCGGUCCGAUUAAAGAUACUGUAGGCAUGGAAAAACUCGGGCCUGCUUUUGAACAUAGUGUGGUUCCAUUACAACGAAUGGGGGACGUACAGGAUGUUGCCCAAUCAACUGUAUUUCUCUUCUCAGAAGGUGCUAGCUAUAUCACUGGCAUUGUCCUCGUUGUUGACGGUAUGUCUAUCUUUAUUAUGUUUUGUAGUGGUGAUCACUAAAAUGACCGACUGUUUUCCAUUGGUUUUUUAGGUGGAGCUUGGUUGAACCCUUCUUAUCCUGCUUAUCCAGAAAUAGCUUUGAAUCCUCCAAAUUUCAAGCUAUAAGCCCUGCUGGAAGAAAAAAGACUAUUGCUAGCAGCCGCGACUCUACGUUUAUAUUGUGCAUCUCACAUUGAGAUGAUAUAUCUUAUUUCAAUCCUUUCUCCCCCCCCCCC